UUCUUCGUAUCCUUAAUAUUCCUCGUAUCGCAAAAUAUCUAAGAUUAGGUGGUUACGAGAUUUUUGUCGGCGUUGUAAGAUUUUGUCAUCGAAAAUCGCAUUAAUACGCUCACGAAUUUUUACGAAGCUUGACCCCAUGUUUUUUCUUGGUCAACUAUUUUACGAUAUUAAGGAUACGAAAAAAUAAUGAAUAUCUCAUUAUUAUCGGUAACAAGUAGAAUUUGUUUAAGCACCUCAAUUUCUUAAUUGCGAAUAUACGCACACCGAAUCCACCCACAUGGAUCUGACGCCAGGAAAGAAAUGGGAAUGUGAAAAGUGCUCAAAACAGUUUAAAACCAAAGACCAUUUGACCAGACACGUGGUCACGCACGAUCCCGAUGCUAAAGUCACGUGUGAAGUUUGCGGCAAAAUAUUCAAAAACAAACGAUCCUUAUCUAAGCACAUAUUGGAAAUCCACAACAAUCGGAAGCGACCAAGUUGUCCCACUUGUCACCGGGUGUUUUUCAGCGUUGAUAAUUUACAGCGACACAAUAAGACCGUCCACGGCGGGAAGGAACCCCCUCGUUUCUCGUGUCCGGUUCCUGGCUGUGAGAAAACCUACCAACACGAGGACGAUGUUGCGAAACACGUGGAAACUGAACAUGCCCAGACUCCCGUCCGAUAUCCGUGUACGCUUUGCAGAAGGACGUUCAAAACGAGGGUUCAACUUGAAGCUCACAUUCCUACCCACAGGACGGAGAAAAAGUACAAGUGUUCCACUUGUUUGAGGAGUUUCGCCCGCAUCGGAGCCAUGAAACUUCACGAGGCGACACAUUUGGCAAAAUCUGCCCGGAACAUGUUACGGUGUGACGUCUGUCCGCGGACCUUCUUAAGCAGACUUGGUCUACAACUACACAUCGGUGCUGCACAUGAAAACCAGAGGAAUUAUCCGUGCACAUUUUGUGACAAGAGAUUCACCUACUCAUCAAGCUUGAAGGUUCACGUGGAGGCGAAGCAUGCUGCGAAUAAGGAGCUGGUCCAUUCCUGCGACAAGUAGAAAAGCUGUUAGAAGUAUAAUUUACCCACUCACAGAAUGCGUCGCAAUGGAGGGAGGCAUGGAUGUAACUUCUGUGGGAAGAAAUUAUUCACUUAUUUCGAAUUGGUCGGACAUUGUCGAGAUCAUAUGUUAGGUAGUUAAAAUUGAUACGUAUUUAUCUAUAUGUACAUAAUGGAGAUAUAAAUAAUUUUCAAAUUUUGAUUAAAUUUGCGACAUUUCGCAAUACUUCUUUUUGUAUAAACCCAUGCAAUUUUAGUUUUAAAUUUAUUUAAUAACUUGAAAUAUUUAUUUCUAUAGAAGUUUUAGCAAAUUGUGCUGUUAUGGGAAAGAAGUAUGUAUGUAUGUAAGUAUGUAUGUUGUUGGGAGUACGUCUUAUUAAACGGGUACCCACAAUUUUGUAAAUACUACCUAAUUCAUUGCUUAACUAAUUAUUUAUUUUAACUGAUAAAUAACCAGCCUGUUGUAAAAUGAUAAGUGAUUGAUAGAUAAAUUUUGUUCCACCAUUUGAGAGUA